AUGCUCAGGGACCUGGAAGAUCUCUACAACAAAUAUCCUGGGGACAACGAACUUCGCACGUUCCUGGAUAAACGAAAAAGAACGGUUCUCGAACAUGGAGAGGUACAUACCGUAGUCAAAAGCCAACUUGACAAGAGUACUGCUGGACUUUUCAACACCGACAGCAAGAUUGCGUUGGUUACCAAGAGGAUUGGGCAGCUUGACGCUGAGAAGGCCGAGGUCAUGAAAGAGAAGAUAGGGAUUGAUACGGCGGCGAAACGAUUGAUGUUUAUGUCUCGUUUUAUGGAACCCGGCUGGCAAGCUAGACUAGCUAUGGUUGAGGAGGCUUUGGGGGAAGAAGUUAUGCGGUCUGCAUUUUGA